UGCGUUACCGAUCAUUCAUUCGGAUCCACCGUGCGUCGUCGACUAUAAAAUUACAUUUUACUUUGUUGUUUUGUCGUUGGUUGUGUGUUUGUUUCGUUUCCGUUGUGUAAAAGAAAAAUAUACUAAAAACUACCAAACAUGCGUUUCUCGUGUAGUGUCGUGUUGGCCGUGGCCGUCUUACCGUAUUGCAUGCACGCCGCCGUCAUGUCUGGCCGGCAGAACCAGAUCGAAGGCGACCGGGCAGGCCGAUCCACCGGCGACGGUAACUGGGCCGUGGUGACCCGCGUGGCCGAGGAGUGCGCAAAGGACGCGGACGCCACCGCCUGUCUGGCCGUCAAGGCUGCCGCCGCCUUCGAACGGGCCGCCCGUAUGGGAGACUUGCAAGUGUUGCCUGGAGUGACGCUCAGCAAAAACGCCGCCGACGAUGCGUCUCAGCGCGAUUCCCGUGCUCUGCCCACCGAGGACGAGCUCCGCGGUCAAUUGCCUGCUGACGCCGACGAGAAGACAUCCAAGGUGACCGGCAUGGUCGUCAACUCGGCCCUCCGUUUCCUCCAGUCCAGGACCCUCCAGUUGCAGUUCCCCCAGACCAACUCCGAAGAACUGUCCAGAGCCAUCGAAGAAGGUCGCGGCAAGCUGAAGAAGAAGGUGUUGCCCAUCUUGGGACUGUUGGCCGUGAAAAUCUUCGCCGUCCUGCCCGUGCUGUUGGGAAUCAUCGGGUUCUUCGCGUUGAAGGCUCUGGUGUUCGGCAAGUUGGCUCUGAUCAUUGCCGGAAUAUUGGCCCUGCAAAAAUUCGCCGGAUCUUCGGGAGGCAUCGGUAAGAUCACCGAGGGCUGGAGCGGCGCCAGCGCUGCUUCUUCCUGGCCGUCUUCCGGUUCCCCGAGCACCGGAGGCUACUACAGACGCAGCAUGGAAGCCCAACAGUUGGCCUACAACGGACAGAUGCAACCGUCCGUCGUGUCCCCGACUACCGCGUGACCGGUGACCGCCAACACAGUAAAAAAAUAGCCAAUUCCAUUUCCAACCCUGCCCCUUAAUUAGGUUUUUAUUUCAAUCCAUUUUUUUUUUUUAAACUUUUUUCUUUUAAUUUAUAAGUUAUUUUUAUGACGUAUUAUUGUAAUCCCUGUCGACGAUAUAAUAUUAUGUAAGAGUAGAGCGGAUAGUAUAUAGACAAUAAUAUAGGAGGUCAACCCCAAACGCGGUCUUAUAUCAUCGCGAUAGGACUUGACGUUUUUCGCUCUACAAGGGCCGGGUAACUUUUUGCCAUAUUAGCGUUUAGUUGUUUACCACUAUACAACGUAAAAGACUUUUUUAUGUAACUAAAAUUACCAUACGGACUAAAGACAUCUGACAAAAAGUUAUCGGCUCGUUUUUGGCCAUCGUGGCCGAUUGAUUUCCAACACAAAAAUAAUUAGAUUAUUACAUGUAAACUCUACGAGUUAAUUUUAUAAAUUAUUUUUAGUUUUAUUUAUUAUUAUUAUUAUUAUUGUAAUAAGAACGUUCGAAUAAAAAUUGCCAAUCGAUUUAAAAAAAACCAAUAUUGUAAAUAUUU